GCUUUCCUCUACCAGAUGCCGGUGCAGCUGACAACAGCCCUGCGUGUGGUGGGCACCAGCCUCUUUGCCCUGGCAGUGCUGGGUGGCAUCCUGGCAGCCUAUGUGACAGGCUACCAGUUCAUCCACACGGAGAAGCACUACCUGUCCUUCGGCCUAUAUGGUGCCAUCCUGGGCCUGCACCUCCUCAUCCAGAGCCUGUUUGCCUUCCUGGAGCACCGACACAUGCGGCAGGUUGGUGGACCACUGAAGCUGCGCUCUCCUCAGCGGGCCUCAGUGGCACUCUGCAUUGCUGCCUACCAGGAGGACCCUGACUACUUGCGCAAGUGCUUGCGCUCAGCUCAGCGCAUCGCCUUCCCUAACCUCAAGGUGGUCAUGGUCGUGGAUGGCAACCGCCAGGAGGAUGCCUACAUGCUGGACAUCUUUCAUGAGGUGCUGGGUGGCACUGAGCAAGCUGGCUUCUUCGUGUGGCGCAGCAACUUCCACGAGGCGGGUGAGGGUGAGACCGAAGCCAGCCUGCAGGAGGGCAUGGAUCGUGUGCAGGAUGUGGUUCGGACCAGCACCUUCUCAUGCAUCAUGCAGAAGUGGGGAGGCAAGCGUGAGGUCAUGUACACAGCCUUUAAGGCCCUUGGUGAUUCAGUGGACUACAUCCAGGUGUGUGACUCUGACACUGUGCUGGAUCCAGCGUGUACUAUUGAGAUGCUCCGAGUCCUGGAGGAGGACCCCCAAGUAGGGGGAGUCGGGGGAGAUGUACAAAUCCUCAACAAGUAUGAUUCCUGGAUCUCCUUCCUGAGCAGUGUGCGGUACUGGAUGGCCUUCAACGUGGAGCGGGCCUGCCAGUCCUACUUUGGCUGUGUGCAGUGUAUCAGUGGGCCCUUGGGCAUGUACCGCAACAGCCUCCUCCAACAGUUCCUGGAGGACUGGUAUCAUCAGAAGUUCCUGGGCAGCAAGUGCAGCUUUGGAGAUGAUAGGCACCUCACCAACCGAGUCCUGAGUCUUGGCUAUCGGACUAAGUACACAGCUCGCUCCAAGUGCCUCACAGAGACCCCCACCAAGUACCUCCGGUGGCUCAACCAACAGACCCGCUGGAGCAAGUCUUACUUCCGGGAGUGGCUCUACAACUCUCUCUGGUUCCAUAAGCACCACCUCUGGAUGACCUAUGAAUCCGUGGUCACAGGGUUCUUUCCCUUCUUCCUCAUUGCCACGGUCAUUCAGCUCUUCUACCGUGGUCGUAUCUGGAACAUCCUUCUCUUUCUGCUGACCGUGCAGCUGGUGGGCAUUAUUAAGGCCACCUACGCCUGCUUCCUUCGGGGCAAUGCAGAAAUGAUAUUCAUGUCCCUCUAUUCACUCCUUUAUAUGUCCAGCCUCCUGCCAGCCAAGAUCUUUGCCAUUGCCACCAUCAACAAGUCAGGCUGGGGCACUUCUGGCCGAAAAACCAUUGUAGUGAACUUCAUUGGCCUCAUCCCUGUGUCCAUCUGGGUGGCAGUUCUUCUUGGGGGGCUGGCCUACACAGCUUAUUGUCAGGACUUGUUCAGUGAAACGGAGUUGGCCUUCCUUGUCUCUGGGGCUAUCUUGUAUGGCUGCUACUGGGUGGCCCUCCUCAUGCUGUAUCUGGCCAUCAUUGCUAGGCGAUGUGGGAAGAAGCCUGAGCAGUGCAGCUUGGCUUUUGCAGAGGUGUGACAUAGCCCCAGUCAGGGCAGGGGGAAAGUGCAAUGAACUUUGGGAGGGAAGGGGAAUGGAAGAGAAAAGGUAGGGUGGGAGGGAGACGGGAGUGCUGUGUUUUCUUUUAAUGGUCUAGUGGACAAAUCUGAAGUGUAAAGAAUGAUUAACUUCAGUGUGGCCUGUGGCAGCUCUGCUCAGAAGAGGCAACCUCAGAAUUGUCAGGAUAAGGGGAGAGGGCUGUUUCCAGGCUGUCUGGGGCUUACUUCUGUGCACAGGCAGU